AUGGGCUCUGCCAUCUUCCUUACAUUGGUCUCAGCAAUCCUUGGACUUGCAGCUUCUGAGUCCACCCGUGUAAUUGAUUCUAAUUUCCCAGAUCCUUGUGUGAUCCAAACAAGUGAUGGCUAUUACGCGUUCGCGACGAAUGGAAACGGCGUGAAUGUCCAGAUCGCAUCAUCUUCCGAUUUCUCAACAUGGGACCUGUUGUCCGGUACUGACGCUUUGCCCGGUCCAUUCCCAUCGUGGGUUGCAUCAUCGCCUGCCGUCUGGGCACCCGACGUGAUUCAAAGGGAUGAUGGCACAUUUGUGAUGUACUAUUCUGCUGCUUCAAGCGAAGAUUCUAGCAAACACUGUGUUGGUGCUGCCACUUCCACGACUAUCACUGGGCCAUAUACCCCGGAGGACAGUGUAUUGGCUUGUCCGUUGGAUCAGGGCGGUGCGAUUGACGCAGAUGGGUUUAAUGACGGAGGCACUUAUUAUGUCGUCUAUAAGAUUGACGGGAACAGCCUCGAUGGUGAUGGAACUACUCAUGCUACUCCCAUUAUGCUGCAGGGUCUGAACUCGGAUGCUGUCACUCCAUAUGGAGAUUCCACCCAGCUGCUUGACCGGGAUGAUGCCGACGGGCCAUUGAUCGAGGCUCCGAGUCUUGCAAAUGUAGAUGGGACCUACUACCUUUCGUUCUCCUCGAAUAUGUACGAUACAACCUACUAUGAUGUCAGCUACGCCACGGCUUCGGCGCUCACUGGACCCUUCACCAAAGCCCAGGCACCCGAUGCACCUCUGCUUGUAUCUGGGGACCCGAGUAAUGUGGGGAAUCUGGCAGGGCCUGGUGGUGCUGAUUUUAGCGCGGAUGGUUCGAAGAUUGUAUUCCAUGCUUUUGAGAAUGGCCAGAAUAUUGACAACGGCCGCGCGAUGUAUGUCGCAGAUAUUAGUGUUUCUGGUGGUGCAAUCACUAUCCAGUAG